GGCAAUGAGACCUACAAUCGCGUGUGCGAACGGGAGGGAGCGAUCGACGUGGCAGAACGACCAGGGUGCAGAAGCGUGGAGCCGUCGAGAGAGAGCGUGAUCCUGUUCAUCUGGAUCCUCCUCGUAGGGGCGUUGAACAUUCAGGCCGUCCUCUGGCAUUACGGCUACUUCCAGCGGGAGGCGGGCGAGAAGGUUGGGCUCCCCGAGCUGGCCCUUCAAGGCCUGGGGCGAGGGGGGUUGGACCUCGAUGAUGGCUUCUCGUGGAGGCAAUGCGGGAGCGAGAAGGACCCAUUGCAACUCAGUAGUCUUUCGAUUCUUCCGUCUCUUUUCGUCAUUCCUGGGAAUCUGACUUUGAGUCUCAGCGCCAAAGUUGGUGUUUCUCUCUCCUCUCCCAUCCAGGCAGCAGUGCAAAUGCAAUAUAAGUUCGCCUUUUUCUGGAUAAAUGUCCCGUGCGAAAACAGAGUCGGAUCCUGCAAUUAUGACGACAUCUGCACCUUGAUUCCAUACGGACCAAAUGACUCUUGUCCAUCGGCAUUCAAGGAACCAAACGUCCCUUGUCGAUGCCCCAUCACUCAGGCAAGAUUUCCACCCCCCCGAAUGGACUGCGGUCGAAUCCCCGGCAACUAUCACCUGAAAGACUUGCUCCUGAACCUGAACGCAUCAGGGAAUUCCGUGCCAGGGGGAAAUUAUUGGGUCAGGGUCAACUUCUACGACGUUCGCAAAAAUUCUCAAAGGCUUGCCUGCUUCGAAUUCUAUUUUCAUAUCAAACAUGCGUGA